CAAACCAAUUCUUCUCUGGCUCGAGGACUUUGCAAUCAAAUUCGAAUGAAGACAUAAGCCGACGGUACUCCACUGACAGCAGACCAUAACGUUGAAUGGGUUGUACGUCACCGGGGGAUAACCAAGAUUAUAUAAUGCCGGGGGCCGGGUUCAAUCACCGCCCACGUUCGCACAACACUACCAUUGCCAUAAGUGAACUGAUGAGAGUUGUUUUGGCCAAUCUCCUGCAUAUAUUGCUACUUUCCCACGACUGCCGCAGCAUAGGAUGCGCAGCGAACGAUAGUUCCAGGGAUGAUUGUGGCGGAGCAGGUGGAGAGCUAUAAAUACUAUAUAGUUCUUGCUUCUUUGCUCGCCCAGACUCACUAGCGUCAACAAAUAUGUUCGGAUUUUUCAUGACGAGUCAGCCUAAAGCGACAAGCAAUAUCCAAACCCAACAGCCUGGUGCUACCCAGAUGGUCAUCCCCUCCCAAGCACCCCCAGAGGAGUCGCAACAGACCCAAUCGCAGACAAAGGCCCCUCUCCGUCUUCGUGGAGGAGGUAACUUCAUCAAGGAUUGUUUCAUUUGUUGCUUGUGUUGCUGUGCUUUGGAGGACAUUUGUGUACGUUCAUCUGUCCUAUUGUGUCCUCUUUGUCGUUCAUCACCUAUCGUUCGCUUUAGUGCUGCGAGAUUGAAGAGUGUUGCGGUUGCUGCAACUAUGAUGAUUAGGAGAACUCGGACCUCGCUCCGCGGACCCGCAGGCGUGUUUGAGUCGGACUUGAAAGCAGGCUCGAUAUGCAAUUGGACUUUCGCACUCCUACACGUAGUUAGGGACUUAUCAAGCUAUCAGAAUCAAGUUUUCAUUAUUGGUGCCAGUUUUCGAUCUCCAUAGCAGCACUUCUACGACAUCAUGAAUCGCGACAUUGGGGUUUUUGAUGUCUUUCAUCUCGCGUUUUUGCGUGAAACUGUCCGCCGUUCGUGCGAAAUCAACUCAAGAAAUCUGGGCUCGGUGAGGGCUCUGCUUUCGCCAGAGCCUGUAUUUAUGCAUCCCGGACAAAGACAUUGCAGGCAAUCGUGCCUAGAU